AUGCCGAGCUUCUGCCCUCGAUGCGGGGACUUUGUGGAAACCGACGCGUGCAACAAGUGCGGCGAGGCAGCGGUCACGGCCAAGGAAAACCCGUGGAAGAUGGCGUCCAAGGUGCCUGGAGGCGACAACAUGAGUGUCCCAGCGGUGCCGACAGCCUUUACUGCAGCCGCGCGUAUCAAGAUGAUAGGAGUACAGACCGUCCAAGAACCCGUGCGCAAGGAGAGAGCAGAGGCACUUUUUAACUUCGUGCCGCAGGACCCGAGCACGCAGCUGGCUUUGUCUAAGGGUGACGAGGUGGAUGUUGUGCGCAAGGACAGUGACGGCUGGUGGUUCAUCAUUAAGAAUGGCGAGAAGGGCCUUGUACCGGGCUCGUACUUGCACAUUGAUAAUCCUGUUACUCCCGUGACUGACGCGGCGAUUCUGGCAGCGCGGGAAGCUUCAAAUCAGAGAUUUUUAGAGAUGCAGCUUACUGCCGACGACAACGCGCAGGGAAUCGAGCCAGUCGUGGAAUACCAGUCUCCGCUUGGGCUCGCAAUUGCAGACUCAUGCGCACCAAAGCCACCGAACGGGCCUUUGCGCGCCGAUGCUAAGUCGGGUGGCACAAAGUUUCAGCCUGGUGAGGUACGCAAGUUGAGGAAGUGCUGCGCUUGCAAGGAAACGAUUCUAGGCCGAACGAAAGUGUGCAAGGACCAGAUAUUUCACGAGAUUUGUCUGUUGUGCAAAGGCUGUCGCGAGCCUAUCGAAGAGGAUGAAGAGUUCGCACUCAUCAAGAAGAAAGCAUACCAUGCAGAUUGUGCCAAAGAUGUUAAUCACUGCUUCGUGUGCGAGAAGGAGAUUUUGGGCCGAGUUUACCGAGCUGGCGGUGGCGCGUUUCACAAGCUUUGCAUGGUCUGCUCUUCAUGCAACAAACAUUCCAAAGAGGCUGGCGCAAAGCUGUUUAACGACCUCCUCGUUUGCGGAGAUUGCGUUGCAGAAACAGAAAGAAAGGAAAAAGAGGAGAGAGAGGCUGCGCUUGAGCGCGAGCGAGCUGCUGCCCGAGCCAAAAAAGAAAAAGAGGCAGCUCUUGCCGUGGCGAAGGCGUUGGCAGAAGAAAAAGAACGACAAAAACGAGAGGCAGAGGAGGCUGCUUGUGCAAAGGCUAAGGCAGACGCCGUCGUGGUGGCCCAUUCACGUGCAGCAGAAGCUGAAGUGUUGCCGAAGUCUACUACGAUUGCUUUGAAUGGGAAAGGCCGACCCGGAGCAGAUAGUUUUCGAUCCAGUACAUCGAAUCUUGACCAGUUUGAUUUGGAGGCUACGCCUUUCGACAUGUCGGGUCACAAUGUUCGGGUUUCGGAAGUGUCGGAUCUGGACUCGGUCCUUAGCGAUGGCGAUUAUGCUGGAUACAUGGGAAACGGUCAAAGAGAAUCGAUGCGGUUGUCGGAGGUACUUGACCUUGAAUCAUACGGUGAUGACCGAUCGUCCGACCUUAGCGGUAUCGCAGAAGGAGCUGUUGAGCAAUCAAGACCGCGACGUCCGACGAUUGAAAGAAAUGUGAAUGAAAUUGAAGGUACCUAUUCUGAUGAUGAGGACGAUCGGGAGUUGUGUGGUGGAUGCGGGCUCGUUCUUGAAGGCGAAGCUGUCGGUGCUUUAAACCAAUACUUCCACUACGAGUGUUUCAAGUGCAACCAAUGCAGUGGCGUUAUCGCGGAAGAUGACGGCUAUGCCGAAAAAGAUAACCAGACGUUUCACCAAGCUUGUUACCAAACUCGGUUUAGUAAAAAGUGUCACCGAUGCAGCAAAAUUUUGAAGGGAAAGGUGGUCAAGGCUCUUAAUCACCUCUAUCACCCAGACUGCUUUGUGUGCUUCCAGUGCAGUGCUUCCCUUUCAGAGAGUUUUUUUGAACACGAGAGCGAAGCAGUAUGCGCCAAGUGUAAACACGAAGCCAUAGCUUUGACUGAAGAUUCCAGCCUACCGGUUAAAAUGACUCCAGUUGCCAACGGUAUAGCAGGCUAUCGGUUCGAUGCUCAGGAUGACACACAAUUGACUAUUUAUCCGGGCGACGCAGUUGCUAUUCUCCAAAAGGACGACGAUGGCUGGUGGCUAGUGGAAUUAAGGGACCGUCGUGGUUACGUGCCAGGUUCGUAUUUGAUCGAGCGCCCUGUAGAAAACCCGACGCCCCAGCCGAAGAGCCCUUGCGCAAGUGAGCCACGACGAACGCCGGGUCUUUGCAGCUCGUGUUCAACGCAAAAUCCCGCAGAGGCGCGUUUUUGCCGAUGCUGCGGCAACAAUUUGGUGGUCAGUUAG